AUUCUAUCCAUUUUGGUUUCUGACCUUUUGUUACAACUUUUGUCUUUCACUGAGCAAUUUCCAAACAGCGUGCGGUCCAAUUCACACCUAGACAUGGCAGACUGAUGGGGUAGCUCUCAUUUGCCAGUGUAGCUUCGGUGCUUAUAUAAUCCGUUUGCUUGUUCUUGCUUUUGCGUACAUAUUUGUCUUGAGUUGAGAGCAAAUAAUUGUGCAGACCACCAUGAACAAAGCCUUGUUGCUGAUGCUAUUUAUGGUUUUCUAUAAUGGUGCUUCCUCAAAUGGGCUUGGUGUUGGUGCUACUGUUACUACCGCAAGACCUGACGUUGUCAACAUAGCCGCGAUUUUCACUUUCGAUUCUGUCAUUGGCAAAAUUGCAAAAGUUGCAAUAGCCCUUGCAGUUGAAGAUGUCAAUUCUGAUCCAGAAAUUCUCAAUGGAAAAAAGCUGACACUUAAAAUGCAGAAUACCAAAUCUAGUGACUUUCUGGGCAUCAUUGAGGCUUUGCUGUUCUUGGAGAAUGACACAGUGGCCAUAAUUGGCCCCCAAUUCUCAGCUACUGCUCAUGUAAUCUCACAUAUUGCAGAUGAGCCAAAAGUCCCACUAUUAUCAUUUGCAGCAACAGACCCUACUCUGUCUCCAACUCAGUUCCCAUUCUUGGUUAGGACAACAAGAAGUGACCUCUUUCAGAUGACUGCAGUAGCAGACCUUGUUUUCUACUACGAGUGGAGAGAUGUCAUAGCAAUAUAUGUGAAUGAUGAUUUUGGCAGAAAUGCCAUUGCUGCCUUGGGGGACAAGAUAGCCAAAAAACGGUGUAAAAUUUCAUACAAAGUGCCUCUGAACCCCAAAGCAACAAAAGAUGAAAUCACCAACGCACUCAUUAGUGUUUCUUCAAUGGAGUCCAGGAUUCUGAUCCUGCACAUUUAUACCAGUUGGGGUCUACAAGUGCUUACUGAAGCACGAAACCUCAUGAUGAUGGCUAGUGGAUAUGUCUGGAUUGCUACAGAUUGGUUCUCUACCAUAAUAGAUACAGAUCCUUCCCUGCCUUUUAUAUCAACAGAUGACAUUCAAGGGGUUCUUACAUUAAAAAUGCACACACCAGAAUCGGAGCUCAAAAAGAAAUUUAAAUCAUGGUGGGGCAACUUAACUAGUGCAAGAAGAGUGAAUGGCUCUUCUUUUGGGCUAAAUACGUAUGGUCUAUAUGCCUAUGAUUCUGUAAGGCAUCUUGCUGUUGCCCUUGAUUCAUUUUUUGCUCGUGGGGGAAAUAUUUCAUUUUCAAAUGACUCAAACUUAAACGAGUUAGGCGGAGGGAAGUUGAAUCUUGAUGCUUUGAACAUGUUCAAUGGUGGCGGCCAGCUACUCCAAAGCAUUUUAGAGGUUAACACAACUGGUUUAACUGGGCCAGUUAAGUUUAAUCCAGAUGGGAACUUGAUUAAUCCUGCAUUUGAAGUCAUCAAUGUGAUUGGCACAGGGACUAGGACAAUUGGUUAUUGGUCCAACUCUUCUGGUUUCUCACUUGAUCCACCAGAAAAGCCUCAAAGGAAGCUGCAGUCUAAUGGCUCCAGCACCGGUACUGAACGACUAUACAGCGUCAUCUGGCCUGGACAAACAACUCAGAAGCCUCGUGGGUGGGUUUUCCCUGACAACGGAAGAAAGCUUAGGAUUGGCGUCCCAAAUCGAGUUAGCUAUCUUGAGUUUGUGGGCAUAAAAGGCACAGAAUUCACUGGCUAUUGCAUUGAGGUCUUUCAAGCUGCAUUGAAUGAGCUACCAUAUGGUGUCCCAUAUAAAUUUGUCCCUUUUGGGGAUGGUAAAAAGAACCCAGAAAACCAUGAACUUCUGCACUUGAUCCAAAUUGGUGAGUUUGAUGGUGUGGUUGGAGAUAUUACCAUCACCACUGGCAGAACAAAGAUGGUGGAUUUCACACAGCCAUAUAUUGAGUCUGGUUUAGUUGUGGUUGCUCCAAUAAGGAAGUCGAACUCUAGUGCUUGGGCUUUUCUGAGACCUUUCACACCAAUGAUGUGGGGUGUCACAGGCAUUUUCUUCCUAGUUGUGGGAACAGUAGUUUGGAUUUUGGAGCCUAGGACAGACGAGGAUUUUCGGGGCCCUCCAAGAAAGCAAUUUGUCACAAUUAUUUGGUUUAGCUUUUCAACUCUGUUCUUUUCCCAGAAAGAAAAAACAGGCAGCACGCUCGGUCGUUUCAUGCUAAUCAUAUGGCUAUUUGUAGUUCUAAUACUCAACUCAAGUUACAUUGCAAGCCUGACGUCAAUCCUCACAGUGGAGCAGCUUUCUUCACCUGUUAAAGGGAUUGAAAGUCUAGCAACAGGCGGUGAUCCCAUUGGUUUCCUGAAGGGUUCAUUUGCCGAAAACUACUUAACCGAUGAGCUAAACAUACACAGGUCCAGACUUGUACCUCUCAACUCACCAGAAGAAUAUGAGAAAGCCUUGCAAGAUGGCCCCAGCGCAGGCGGUGUUGCUGCAGUGAUCGAUGAGCGUGCAUACAUGGAACUCUUCCUCUCUUCUCAAUGCAGAUAUAGCAUUGUAGGUCAAGAAUUCACCAAAAUGGGAUGGGGUUUUGCCUUUCCAAGGGACUCUCCACUAGCAAUUGACAUGUCAACUGCAGUACUUAAACUAUCAGAGAAGGGUGAUCUUCAGAAGAUUCAUGACAAGUGGCUGAUGAAAAGUGCUUGCAGUGCAGAAGGAGCAAAGCAAGCUGUAGAUCGCCUUCAGAUAAAGAGCUUUUGGGGCCUUUUUCUGCUGAGUGGCAUAGCUUGCUUUCUUGCUCUUGUUCUUCAUGUUAUUCGCAUGGUGCACAAAUACUACAAGCGGCCUGAUUCUGACUGUGAGAGCUCACAAUCUAGACGGCUUCAAUCUUUCGUUUCGUUUGUAAAUAAAACGGAGCAAGAAGUGAAAAGCAGACCCAAGAGAAUGAGGACUGAGAAGGCCUCAAGUAAAAUAGUGCAUGAAGAUAGUAGCAUCAAUGGUUUGGAUGAAAGCGUCUAAACUAUGAGAUAAUGAAAAAAAGUGAAAAAAAAGUGAGUGAUUUGUAGCUCAAAUGAUUAUAUCCACGUAUAAAUAGGUCUUUAGGUUCGAUUCACAUUCUCUAAUAUCACUUGUAUAAAAAUAAAAAAUAAAAAAAUUAAGGGAAGUUGGUCCCCGGUGAAUUGGGGUCGAAGCCUGCCAAAAAAGCCCAACAGAUUGGCCCGUACUCUAAAUAUGGGCUAGAAUGAGGUUUGAGCCUGGCUUGUAGACUAGACCAGACAUUUUACUUCACACUUUUUUUUUUCUUUCAUCUUUUCACACACAACUUUCUUCAUAACUUUUUAU